UUCUAUAGAUUAUCCAUCCCUGUAGCACGCUAAAUUGAACUGCCGACAACGCUGUAUUUUAAUAAAAAUACAAAUCAACAAAACAAGUUUAACCCAUUGACUUUAUCAUCUUAAUAAUAAAAUAAAAUGGCAGGAGUGUUAUUUGAGGACAUAUUCAACGUCAAGGACAUGGAUCCUGAAGGUAAAAAGUUCGAUCGUGUUUCCCGCCUGCACUGCGAAUCAGAGUCUUUUAAAAUGGACCUCAUACUGGACAUAAAUUCGUGGCUCUAUCCCAUGGAAUUGGGAGACAAAUUCCGCUUGGUACUGGCCACAACACUGCGCGAGGACGGGUGUCCCGACAGCGGCGAAUAUAAUCCCAUGGAGCACGAAGGCACGCGAGCGGACAGUUUUGAGUAUGUUAUGUACGGAAAGAUCUAUCGCAUAGAAGGCGACGAAGCGCACAACGAAUCAUCACGGCUGUCGGCAUACGUUUCAUUUGGUGGUCUGCUCAUGCGUCUGCAAGGUGAUGCCAAUAAUUUGCACGGCUUUGAAGUGGACCAGCACAUGUAUUUGCUAAUGAAGCGACUGGCGUUUUGAGUUUUGUAUAAUAAAUCACAUUGCGCUUGGAA